AGAUAAAAUCUGUUUUAAUCCUAUUUGAUUUCAGGUUGGUAGAAUUCCAAACUUUUUUUUUGAAAAAUCAACUCAAAAAUCAUGUUAUGUGAAAAGUUUAAAAUCCAUUUAUACUAUUUGAUUUUCGUUUAGAACUUUGUAGCCAAUUAUUUUGAAGCAUCAUGUCGAAUUUGUUCUGUGGGGUUUUUCAUUUAAUCUACAGAUUGGGUAAUUCAUUUCAAAAAAAGGUAAAGGGUUUGGAAUUAUAAAAGGUUACAUAUCUUUUAAAGUACUCUAUUGAUUAUAAGAAUUACGCCAACAUUGUAUAUUGUUUACUUUGAUCUCUAAGAAAUUGGCAACUAAAACCCUUCGAACAACUUGUUGUUGCAACUUUUCCUAGUCUUACUGCCUGGAAAACUGAAACCACCCACCUAAUCCCCUAUCUCUGACCAACCCCCCCCCCCAGAUUUUCCUUUCUCCGUAUCGUUGGCUCAUUGUUAAAUCAUUUCAAUUAUGGUCGAACUAAAAAGUAGCUAGUUUAGGUCAACAGCGGGGUUGUGUGCAGCAGAGGAUGAUGGAGGAGAUAUAGAGAUAGUAGCAAGGAGCAUCAUCAGAUGGGUAAGCUGCUCAGGCAGCAGCAACAACAACCUCCUCAGAGGGUCCUUAAUGCCCCCAGUUGUUGUGGGUGUUGUUGUUGGUGUUAUCCUGUGCUUGUCCAUACAAUUUUUGUUGUCCCCCUAACAAGGCAAAAAAAGAAAAGAUAGAAAAACGAGAAAUAGGAACGUUAACAAAGGCAAAAAUGCUACUCGAGAAGUAUACAAAAAAAACAAAAAAAAAAAAUAAGAAGAAAAGUUGGCCUGCACUUAGAGUCCUUUAUACGCUAUAUCCUAUAUCCUGGUGUGUGCAUGUGUGCAAUAAUUGUGCAUUGAUUAUCAUAAUAUUCUCGCAGCGCCAUCAAAAUUGCGCAUAAAAAUCACUCGCAGCUAGAUAGACAAGCGUCCAUCCAGCAGUUUAUCCAUCAGUUUAUCCCCCAAGUUUGUUUGUCAGUCACUCGGAACGGAACUCGCAUAUAUACAUGUAUUCCAUAUAUAUAUAUUAGGGUGUCCCUUAUUUUUCAUGUUUGAUAUAUUUUUACGCAUACCUUCUUAAAACGUUCCUAAUAACUCAAUAUGUUCUAGAAAAAAAUACUAGCCCGUUGCAUGCAAGAGAACACGUGCCGACUUGCAAUUUAAGCUUGUCCGUACAAGUUGGUGCGGUUACAGCGCUGCGACUAUGGACUACGCUUCAUUCGUUAUUUCAUUCGUAAGUUUUGGUGUUAUUGGUGCACUAUUGUUUGUUGAGUAAAGAUGUCAGUGACAUUACGUAGUGAUAAAGAAAAUAUUUUUCUUAUCGGGCUACCUAGUCAUCAAAUCACUGGUGCAAAGUUACCAUCAAAUCGCCAGGUUCUCUCCGUUUUAUUUUAUAAUAUUCGGCAAGUCAAGCUAACUCUCAGUGAAAGUGCAAAUCUUGUGACUAGGGAGUGUUUAAUAUUUUGGGAAAAAGCGAGAAUUCCCACAAGGGCAUUGCCCAAUUGCGUGAAGAAACUUAUUGAUUUAUACCAUGCUUGGAGAGAGCUGCAAAAAAAUUGUAAAAAAACUCUAGCCACUUUCAAGGACCGAGAAAAGAAUUUUAAAAUAAGCCUUGAUAACUUAUUUGAUAUUGCACAUGCUGAUGCCUUGAAAAUAAUAAAAAUAGAGGAAGACAAACUAUUUUUGAAUAAACAAAGAGAACCAGGUCGACCAGGAUAUUUAGCUGGUGUAGACAAAAAAUUGACGGAGAAAGAAGAAAGAGUUAGACAGAGACGAUUAGACGAUGAGGAAAGAAAAUUAAGACAAAUGGAAUUAUUGGCUGUUGCAUCUACUUCUACUACACAAAACUUGGAACAUUCCGAAGAUUCGGACGGGGAACAGAUUUUGUAUUCUGAAAUCAGCUUGCCAGUGGUUCUCGGCUCUAAAACAAGUUCGAAAAGAGGUAGAAAGAAACUGAUAACACCUAAACUUGUCGCAGCUUUAGACCGUUGUCAGUUGAGCAUUAGAGACUCCGUUUACAUUCUUCAUGCGGUUGUAGAAGCGCUUGGUCUGAGCAGUGAUGAUUUCCCAAUUAAUAAAUCCUCGAUUCAGCGAAUUCGUACUCAGAUGAGAAAAUCUAGGGCAGAAGCAAUAAAAACUGAUUUUCAGAACAAUGUUCCUGAUGUAGUCACAGUCCAUUGGGAUGGAAAACUAUUACCAGGGCUGAAUGUGCGAGUUUCAAAAGAAGAACGCUUGCCAAUUAUAGUUUCAUUUGACGACAAAGAACAGCUUCUUGCAGUACCAAAACUGGAGAGUUCUUCUGGUAAACAUCAAUCAAAAGCCGUCUCAACCGCCCUUUGUGACUGGGAUCUUAAUAACAAGGUACAAAUAAUGUGCUGCGACACCACAUCUUCGAAUACUGGACGUUACAAUGGAGCUUGCGCUCUUUUAGAACACACUUUAGAAAGAGAAUUGUUAUUGUUCGCUUGUCGUCAUCAUGUUUAUGAGUUGGUCUUAAAAACUGUCUUCGAAACCAAGAUAAAGCACAUUACUAACAGCGCAGAUAUUCCGCUCUUUAAGAAGUUCAGAGACAAUUGGAAAAACAUCGAUUCAAAUAAAAUUGAACUAUGCCUUGAUUUCGUUAAAGAAUAUGUUGCUGAGACAAAUAUUACAUCUUUGAUAAUGUUUUAUAAAGCAGAACUGGAAAAAUCUUUCAUAAGAGACGAUUAUCGUGAAUUAGUUGAACUUUGCGUAGUGUUUCUGGGAGGAGAUACAAACAAGAAAAUAAAAAUCAGGCCCCCUGGAGCUAUGCAUCAGGCACGGUGGAUGGCAAGAGCGAUUUACUCUUUAAAAAUAUGUUUGCUGCAAUCUCAAGUCAGAAUGAUUGUAAAAGACAAAAGGGCCCUACAAGAUGUUUGCCUAUUUAUCGUCACAUUGUAUGUAAAGCCUUGGCUUGAAUGCACAGUGGCGAUUAAAGCACCUAACCAAGAUUUGUACUUCUUGAAGGCAUUAAAAGAGUACGAAAAAGUUGACACAACAGUUUCAAAAGCUGCUUUAAGCAAGUUCAGCCACCACCUAUGGUACUUGUGUGAAGAGACAGUCAUUUUAUCACUGUUUGAUAAUGAGGUUGAUAACCAAACCAAAAUGAAAAUGAUUGAAAACUUAGACAGGGACAAGAGGUCAGAUGUUGGCAAACGCUAUAUUCCAUCAAAGGAAGAAAUGUCCCAAACGUUGUUUGAUAAAACGCUGGAUGAUUUUGUAUCGGAGAAGAGCAAACAAUUUCUAACUCGACUGCAGAUUGACGACAGUUUUCUUCAGGAAGAUAUAUCUUCUUGGGAUGAUAAUGCUGCUUUUCUGAAAGCUAAAAGUAGGAUAAGUCGGUUGAAGGUUGUAAAUGACACUGCUGAGAGGGCUGUCAAAUUAAUGCAAGAUUUUCAAGGACUUAUCACGGCGGAAGAAGAACAAAAACAAUACCUGUUGCGCUGUGUCAACGAACAUAGACAUUUAUAUCCGGACUGUAAAAAAACCACACUAAAUAGAAGUUACCCUGCCUGAUUGUUAUUAUUUUAUGUGUUUAAAUAAAUAUAAAUAUUACAAUAAAUUCAUUUUCCAUUUUAUUCACUUCAUUAAUUUCAUUUUGAUUAAUUUUAUAGAAGAUUGGAAUAAUAGGACAAAAAACAUUUUUUGAUCAAAUUUGAAGCUCGGUCGGCACGGGUUGCAAUCAUGCUAGAAAGAUCAAAUUUCAUAUUUGAGUAAGGUUUUACAUUUAUAAAAGAUACAGGGGGUAUGCAUUACAAAAUUCGAAAAAAAAUUUUUUUUUGCCAUAUAAGG